GACAGUGAGACCACACCCUGUAGACACUACACGAAACGUCAUCACUCUGUAUAUUCUGCUCUUUGAUUGAAUUAAUCAACUAGGUUCAAACCUCAUCAGUGGGGACAGUCCCACCACUCUGAAGUGUAAACAUUGUCUUGUUUGAAGUGUGUCUCAGUGCAGGAAGUAGACAAGUCAAGGUGGCUCAAUUGUCAUGUGAAAAGACCCCAUGGUGAGUAAAAGGUCCCCAGAAGGAAAUAGCCUUCCUGAGUAAAUCACAAUGGAUAUGUAAAUGUAAAGUGUCUGUAUUCUGGUGGGAUAUCUUGGAUAUAAGGGACAGAGCUCCCAGUGACCGGGGAGUUGGACUGCUUAACAGAAGCUCCCACACAUCAACUGUGUGUCAUAUAACUUCCUGGCUGUAUUUUUCUACCACUGGACAUUUCAAUAAACUGAUAUUUCCUCCCCUACAGUUUGGUGACCCUGACGUGAUCUCGCGAUUGCAGCAAGCAAAAGGCGAGCGAAGUCAACUCCGGCGGAUCGAACAAUGAGGUGUGAUUUCCUCUGUGUCUUCCUACAGCUUCUGUGGUGAGUACAAACUUACAGCUCUCAUAAAGAUUAAGGGAAAGUUUAAAUUCACAUAAACAUAUAGACACAUAGUAUAGAACGGAUCGACAUAUCCACUGAUAGAUCGGAGACCGUAGAAAUCCGAUGGGGGGAAAGGUAUCAACACACAACUCACUAGGACAGGGAUGUUCGAGUGUAGAGAUAGAUGAGCAAUUAAUGGACACAGUUGGUUUGCAAGUCUAUGAGACGUUAGUUCGUCUGCACAAACGUGGCGUAAGUUUGCAAUGGAAAAACAGUGAAAUUCUUCACUGGUAUUCAACAAAAGGUGUCACACUACAAUCUAAAAAUAAAUUUCACGAUCUCCCUGUAGCGAUUAUGUAUUUGCUUAGACGCAAUGAUUUAAACUCGAUAGCUGAGGGAGAACGUACUUUGGAGAACAUCCAAAGUUUAGAAAGACUGCGAUCAGAAGAGUUAAAAGACCUGAGAGCACAAAUUGAUGCAUUCCAGUAUGAUAAAGUCAAUUGGGCAAGACAAACCAAAACAAUGGAUGCAGAAAUUAAGCGAUUGAAACAAAAACUAAACUCAGGAAAGCGCUACACUUCCCAACUGGAAGAUUACUGUGGUGAGGCUGGCUUUCCAGUAGCAGCUAUUAAAGAGGCUGCCAUUAGCUUUAAAAGCCUAGACAACCAAAAUCAGGAGGACAGUGAAGAUGAGAACAUAACUCUCAUUACCAGGUGCCCUGUAACUCAGGAUGACACUAACAAUGAGAUAAGACCUACAACCUCCACACUCAUGGAGGCUGAAUAUAGCCCCCAGUGCGUCUCUCAAUUAAAACACCAAAGCCAAAAUCGAAUGGACACUCGUCUCAAAACAGGCGCGAUUCCCAGAAAAUCUGUUAAAAUAUCUGUUGUAAAAACAGUAAGAGACGCAAAUAAUGAUGUCACUACCAUUACCCGAGCAUUAUCAUGUGAUGAAACGUCAAAACACAGAGAAGUAAUCGGCAUCAUGCCUCGCCGCGGCCCGUUUCAAACUUACUGGGACAAACUAAUGCUUCAGGCUUCUGUGUACAAUCUGGAGCCCCGAGAUGUGUGGCAAAUAGUCUUGCUUACCAUUCCAGAAGAGCUACACUCUAAAAUCCCUCAAGAACUCCGAUCUGGAACAAUUCUUGAGAGACAGCUCGGAGAAUCUAUUGACGACAUUUACAGUCGUAUAAAAGAAGUCUUAAUUCAGAUGAGAGGACCACCACAGGCCGAGUGGCACAGAAUCCUCAAAAUUAACCAAUCAGAUACUGAAACCUUUGAGGCGUUUGCAGAGCGUAUGUGGGUAACCUUUAGAGAAUACAGUGGGGCAGAGGAUUGCAACCGUAACCAUGCAAUACUCUUACAAAUGCUGCGCAAUAAUGCUGGACCACACAUUCAGAAUGCGUUAGCUAUGGGCGGAGACCCACCUCAUAACACAUUCAACGCAUUCGUUGAAUGGGCCACAAAAAUAGAGCAGAGAUCAAAAACCCUAAAAAUGCACACCGUAGCCGCAACUCAAUGGGUAGCUGAGGGAGACAAUAAUGUCAUCAUUUGUGACUAUUGUCAUCGUCCGGGCCAUAAAAGAGAACGUUGUUUCAAAUUACAUGGUGCCCCACAGUCAAAAUUCAAAUUCGGAAAAACAACUGGUAAAUCUCUGCAAGACCACUCAAAAACCAAUAGUGUGAGAGACACAGAAACUACUAACAUCAGGGACACAGAUGUGAGUGGCCUUUACUCAGACAUCCUCGCUGCUCUCGAACAAAUAAAGAAACAAAAAUAGGGACGCGUGGCCUCCAUUGGGAGCAUUGUUUCCAGCGGUAACCGUGUAAAAGUAAAAUCUAAUCUUGGAGGCCGAUUAGUAGACAUUUUGAUUGACACCGGUGCCGCUUGCUCCUGCACAAACAUCCCACUACCCCUGACAAAUGAGACCAUUCAAAUCAAGGGAAUAGGUGACACUUUAAUGACAGCGAUCCUUACAAAACCAGUCCGACUUGAUUUAGGUGUGAUAGUGUUAACAGAGCCGUUCUGGUAUUUACCUGUUAACAGCGAGGGUACAGUCUUAGGGAUGGACAUAAUGGAAAAGCAUGGCUUUGUCAUCCACUGUUUAGAAAAACAGAUUGAGGUUAUCACAGACAAAUCUUCCAAGAAAAAAUCUGUCAGAAACUGUGAAAGCAUUAUGUCCAUCACCACCCAUGACCCAGUACAACAGCUCAUCAAUAAACACAGUGAUGCAUGGGCCAAUCAUGAUCAUGAUUGUGGCAUCAUUGAUUUUGAAGUGAGUAUUGAGGGAACCCCGCCUCGACCACAAAAACAAUUCAAAAUCAAACCAGAAGCAGAAGCCGCUGUACUUGACAUUGUUAAAGAGCUUGAAGUUACAGGGAUAGUCAGACAAUGUAGUUCAGCUGCCACCUCCCCAUGUUUGCCAGUACCGAAGGCAUCUGGAAACUGGAGACUUUGUAUUGAUUAUCAACACUUAAACAAAGCUCUUCCAAAAGCAACACCUAUUGUAGCCAACCCAGCAACAAUACUGACUAAAUUACCUGAUAAUGCA